AUGUCGCUCGCAACCACCCGUCUCGCCGAGGAACGUAAGCAGUGGCGGAAGGACCACCCCUUCGGCUUCGUCGCCCGCCCCAUGAAGAACGCCCAAGGCGUGCUCGACCUGAGAAAGUGGGAAUGCGCCAUCCCCGGCAAGGACCGCACCAUUUGGGAGGGCGGUGUCUUCAAGCUGGAAGUGACCUUCCCGGAGGGCAAAUUCGUGCCCCCGCUGUUCCACCCCAACGUCUACCCGUCCGGCACCGUCUGCCUGUCCAUCCUGAAUGAGGAGGAGGGCUGGCGCCCGGCCAUCACGGUCAAGGAGAUCCUGCUGGGCAUCCAGUCGCUGCUCGACGAGCCGAACCCCGAGUCGCCCGCCCAGGCCGACGCGUUCAACCUGUUCAAGAAGGACCGCACCGCCUACGAGAAGAAGGUCAAGCAGAUCGUCAAGGAGAACUCUGGUCACUAG